AUGGGUGAAAUAGAUCAAAUAAUUGCUGAUGCAAGAGCAUUAUUGCAAUUCUCUCAGGCUGAAAAAGCUUUGGAACUUUUGACUCCAAAUUUUGAAUCAAACAGUUCUAAUAUUUCAUUCUUACAAAUAUUUGGUGAAACCUUAUUGGAGAAUAAUGAUUUAGAAAAUGCCUAUGAUGUUUUAAUGAAAGCUUGUGAAAUAGACCCCACUGGUGAUAAAGGUACUGAAAAAUUUCUUUAUUUGGGACAAAUAAUUGGAGGCCCUGAUGGUUUAAAAUAUUUAGACAAUGGUUUGAAUAAAUUAUCCAUCCAAUUAAAUGCUAUUAAUGAAGAUAAAGGGGAAGAUGAUGAAGUACUUGUAGAAUUAUCCAAGUUAUACGAAACCAAAGAAGAACUUCAGAAAUAUUUUAUCAAGAAAUUAAACCAAGGAAUCUUUGCUAAAAUUGAAAUUUGGAUGACUGACUUAUGUAUGGAACCAGAAGCAGAAGCCCAAUGUAACGAUUUGAUCGCGUAUUCCUUGAAAUUAGAUGAUCAGAAUCCUGAAUCUUUGUCUUUAUUGUCAUCGAUUAGAAUAUCUCAGCAAAGAGUAGAUGAAGCAAAGGAUGCCUUAGAAAAAUCAUGGGCUUUAUUUCAAGACAAAAAGACAAAAUUGGAAGAAGCAGCUAAUAAUUUACAAGUAAAUUCUGAAAAUAAAAGUCAACCAGACUCUUUCGAAGUUGGCUUAGAAUACAUGGAGUUGAUUCAACCUCUAUUGACUCUCGCUAGGUUUGCAAUAGAGUUAGAGCUCUACGAAAUUGCUACUACCAUAUCAUCUAACAGUCAAGAUAUAAACGAAAAUAUCUUGGAAUCGUAUUAUUAUGAAGCGUUAGCUAAUAUUCUUUCAGCCAAACAAAUUGCAUAUAAGCUUCAAUCUUCGAAUGUUGAAGAUUAUAGAGAUUUAGAAAUUAAACAACUCUUGAAAUCUCAAAAUUCAGAUAUAAAGGCAUUUAUUGAUGAGGCGAAAUCUGCAUUAACGCAAGGAUAUAAAAUCACUCAAACUGAUUCUGUUGAUGCAGACCCUGAAUUGAUUGAGCAAGUAUUGACUUUAGUUGAUGAACUUGGGGGACCUAUAAUCAGCGAGUUAAUGCCCCAAAAGAAUGAAGCUGAAGAAGAAGGUUGGGAGGAAGAAAUUAACAGUGACGAAGAAUUGUAA